GCCGCGGACCUGAGGGCGCGAGUGAUUGGCGUGAAAUCCCCGAACUAAACAGACCUUCUGUGAUGGUAUUUGUCAACUCUAAUUGUAAGAGAAAACAGUUGGAGCACCAAUGACCUGUACCUUACUCCAUCCUUUAUAGUGAUGCUACAGAACAGAAAGGAAUGGAUAAAAACAUUGGUCAGCAGCUCAAUAAAGCUUAUGAAGCCUAUCGACAGGCAUGUAUGGAUAGAGAUUCUGCAAUAAGAGAACUACAGCAAAAGACUGAGAACUAUGAACAGAAAAUACGUGAGCAACAGGAACAGCUGUCAUAUCAACAAACUCUUAUUGACAAGCUAAAAUCACAGUUACUUCUUAUGAAUUCCAGUCAAGGUAACAGUGGUGUCUGUGGUCCCUUACUUGAAAACAUUGAAGCAAAGAAGAAUAAAUUGACUUUUGAUCAGUCAAAUGAGAAAAUGAAAUCAGGAAUACCAAGAGAUAAAGAAUCAAAGGUAAGAAGACAAGAGGCUUCUCCUAGAAAAGAAACUUCACCCAGGAGUUUUCCCUUAUUCCAUGAGAGGGAUGGUAUAGAGAAGACUUUCUGGGAUCUGAAACAAGAAUUUCACAGAAUAUGCGUACUAGCAAAAGGACAAAAAGAUCACUUAAGCAAACUUAAUAUCCCAGAUAUCACAACUGAAACACAGUGCUCUGUGCCUAUACAGUGUACUGAUAAAACAGAUAAACAAGAAGCGCUGUUUAAGCCCCAGGCUAAAGAUGAUAUAAAUAGAGGUGCACCAUGUAUCACAUCUGUCACACCAAGAGGACUAGGUGGAGAUGAGGAAGAAACCUCUUUUGAAUCACUUUCGAAAUUCAAUGUCAAGUUUCCACCUAUGGACAAUGAAUCUGCUUUCUUACAUAGCACUCCAGAAAGACACAACAUCCUUGUUCCUGCCACAUCCGCCCUUGUUCCUGCCACAUCCGAGGCAGCAUGCCAGGAUAAAUUUAAUGUGGAGCUCAGAGACAACCCCAGAAACUUUGUUAAAACAGAAGAAACUUUAUUUAAAAUUCCGGGAAUUGACCCCAUAGCUUCAGCAAUAAGAAACCUUAAAACAACUGACAAAACAAAACCACCCAAUCUUGUAAACACUUGCAUCAGGACAACUCCGGAUAGAGCUCUGUGUUUGCCACCUGGAGACCAUAAUGCAUUAUAUAUAAAUACAUUCCCACUUCAGGACCCAUCUAGUGCUUCUUUUCCUUCACUUGAUUCCCCAGGAAAAGCUAUCCGAGGACCACAGCAGCCUGUUUGGAAACCCUUUCCUAAUGAAGACAGUGACUUAUUUGUAUUAAAUGGCACAGCCUCAGAACUGGAUAUACCUCGACACUGUGAAUUCUGUCAAGCAGUUUUCCCACCAUCUAUUACAGCCAGGGCAGAUUUCCUCCGGCAUCUUAAUACACACUUUAAUGGGGAGGCUUAAAAGACAUUUGAGAACAGACGUAACAGGUUCUAUAUGAUGAUUUUGAGUUUGAAAUGCAGCAUUACAAACGUUAAAUAUCAUUUAAAAAAUCUAGUGUCACAGGUAUUUGAAUAACUGUAUCUAGACUUAUAACUUUCUUUUGAAAUAUACUUUGUACAGAACUAUAAUUCAUUCUAUUCAUGUUAAUAUUUUUUAUUACCAUAAUUCAAAAUGAUUUGUGGUUUAUAAAGUUAUAUAAUCAUAAUUUUUAUUUAUUUCAUGUAUCUAAGCUUAGUGCUUAGAUUUCUAGUUAGAUCUAUUGAAUUCAUUAAUGAAAAAUGUUUAUAGGGAUUUCUACAUUUGUUUUCAUUUAGAAAAUUAUUUAUGCUACAGGUAAUACUUCUUUUUUUAAUGAACUAGCCUAAUGGAGAAGAGCAGACAAAAUAUCUUAACCCAACCUAGGAUAUUUGUUGCCCAGUGAUUAAAUUACUAGUAGAAUUGUUUAAUACUUUAGGCUAUUUUUUUAAUGAUACACAUAUUUUUCACUUUUAAUAUGUACAUAACUUUGGGAUGAGUUAAAAUA